AGCCGCACCCCUUAAAGCGGCAGUGGCCCAUUGCGGUGUGGCAUUCUGGGCCCGGCACGGCCGUUCACCGGGCGUGCGUAGUCCUCGAAUUAGGGUUAUAACUGGCGCUGUUGGAGCUUGGCUGCGUUCGUAACGCGACGUGUUUAAUACGCUGGCAGUGCGCCACGAGGGCGGUCACGCCGGGGUUCUCUUGGGGCAGCGGCCGCUUUAAGAGCAGCGGCCGCCCAGCGCGGCGGCGGCGGGGAGGGGGUGCGACGGGGUGACGUCACCGCAUGACUGUGUUUUUAUGAAUGAAAAGAAUCCGCGGGGCCAGCGUGAGGGAACGAUGGCUGCAGACGGGCUCUCCAGUAAGGCCUUGAAGGUGAAGCGGGAGCUGGGGGAAAACACGCCGCUGCUGUCGGAUGAGGAGCUGAUGGGGCUCUCAGUGCGGGAGCUCAACCACCACCUGCGGGGCCUCUCCAAGGAGGAGGUGGCGAGGCUGAAGCAGCGCCGUCGGACGCUGAAGAACCGGGGUUACGCUGCCAGCUGUCGGGUGAAGCGUGUCUGCCAGAAGGAAGAGCUGCAGAAACAGAAGAUGGAGCUGGAGUGGGAGGUGGACAAGCUGGCCCGGGAGAACGCUGCCAUGCGCCUGGAGCUCGACACUCUCCGUGGCAAGUACGAGGCCCUGCAGGGCUUCGCCCGCACUGUGGCCACUCAUGGGCCCACUGCCAAGGUGGCCACCGCCAGCGUCAUCACCAUCGUCAAGUCCGGCACCAACCAGGCUGCCUACUCCUAGUGCUGGCCUCCGUCCCCCGGCUGGGCACAGACCUCCCCGGGGCGCCUUCCCCCAUGAAUUGCCUCCCAGCCCUUCCUCAGCCUCCUCCCCGCUGGGACUUGUACCCAAAAUCCUCCUUCUCCUCUCUCUUGACCUCUAGCUCCCCCAGGUGGGGAGGGCUGCUGCAGUGUGGGUGCUGGAGUAGAGGACAUGACCCCACUGAUGGCCCUGACAGCCCCCUCCCCUCCUGGAGGUGCAGACAGGAGAAAGCAAACCCACACAGGCAGCAGUGGGGAUGUAUCCCAUGGCUCCAAGCUGGCGGGAAAACACCAGGUGCCUCCUUUUAGGGAGGGGUUAUGGGAGAGCUGAAUGCAGGCCAGGCAGUCCCAGGAGCCAGAGAGGGAAAGGAGGGGAGAGAGGUUUUGCGGUGCAGGGGAAGAAGGCAUAAGAGAGGGAUAUCAGCAUUGGGCACACAACUUGGACCAUGGCUGGAGCAGGGAGGGAGGUGGCAGCAUGGCUGGAGUCUCUGGGGAUGGAGAUGGCGAGGGAAGGUUGGUAGGUCAAGGCGGGAGAGAAAGUGGCUGCAGGUUGAUAUCUGGUACGGGUGAAUGGAAUGGGAAAGCACUGUGGCAGCUUGUGGUGCAGGGGGACCCCAGAGGUGACAAUGAUUCAGGGUCCCUUGGGCAGGGGAGAGCUGGGGGACAUGAGUGGGUCAGCCCAGGCUGUUUUCCACAAAGGGGAGAAGCAGUGGUGCUGUUUUAUCUUUCCCUAUCACGCACAUCCUUCACGCCUCUUCCUGCUGACGGGACACUCAGCCUGGCUGGGUGUCUCUGAAAUGCAGCAGCACUGGCAGGAAGGAAGCGGAGGCAGCUGGAGCAGAGAUAAACACUGUUUUGCUCAGCACAGGCCAGCUUGUACGGCCCCACCAAGCGCUCCCCAGUGCCCCACCGCCUACAAAGCCCAUGGAAAGGUGCUUCUGGCCCUUGAGAGACAGAGCUGCGGAGGCAGAGAGAGGGGUGGAGGUGCAGGAGGUGGGAAGGAGGGACAGAGAGCUCCUGGGAGCUGCCUAGCAGGCAGGUAGACUCCUCCCUUUGGUUUUCCUCCAGCUUGGACACUGGUGUGGGACAACGGGCUCUUCGGUAGGCUGAAAUGCUGGGGAAGAGCUGGGUUUGCAAAAUAUGGGCAGCACAGGGGAGGUAGAGGUAGACCUGUCUUGGCAUCUGCUGCUGUGGAUGAUUCCCCUGCCCCUCCGUUCUGCCCCUGCCUGGGUAUUGCCACACCAGCCACCCUCGGCUGCAGCCUCUAUCCCUCCCCAGAGAGAGGUGCCUGCCACUCAUGGAGGGGCACUGUGGUGAGCAUCCCCCCACCCCAACUCCCCUUGGGUUUAUUUAUUGCACGAACAUAAGUUAUUUUCACGUCCUCUUUGCCAUUCCGCCUCUCGGCACAGCCAGGAUGUUGGUACAGAGCCGUACUUUAUAUUUUAUAUAUGCAAAUCACAUUUUAUCUUAUACUUAUAUAGAGCAAAAAAAAACUUAUUUAUUUUCUGACUUACAGUAUGUGUCCUACCCGACUUCUCUGUAUUUUGUAGACUUUACAAAUAAAGCAAGUUCUUUUUUUUCCACA